AUGGUGUCUCGCGUAGUCCAAUCUUUGACAUCGCAAAUUGAUGAUGAAGAUGUGCCAUCCGUAUCCGUCACCGUUUUUAAAAUGAAACAUGAGGUCAACGAGUAUUUGAGGCGAAAGGAAAUGUAUCGAAUUAUUUCGAAACUUCCCGUUAAAUAUAUAGGUGAAAACUUUAUAGCCAUUGUAACGUCCGAUGUAAUGACGACAAUGGCUGAAACAGCACGCGAUCUCGGAAUGUCGCACACGCUUGCCCAGUGGCUGUAUAUAGUAUCAGAUACAAAUAAACGCAGAGGCAAUUUGUCAAAUUUGAUCAACGAUUUAUUUGAAGGCGAAAAUAUCGCCUAUAUUUAUAAUAGAACGGACGUAAGCUCUGAAUGUCAGAAUGGUAUAUUAUGUUAUUGCAAAGAGCUGAUGAAUGCUUUCAUAUCAGCGUUAGAUGAAGCAGUACAAGAGGAGUUUGACGUAGCUGCUCAGGUAUCUGACGAAGAAUGGGAAGCCAUCAGGCCGACUAAAAGACAAAGACGAGAUUUGCUAUUGCGGCAUAUGCAGCAACAUAUAACAACGUUUAGUAAAUGUGGAAACUGUAGUACUUGGCAUGCUCUUGCUGCGGACACGUGGGGAGCAACAUACAGGCGACAAACUGAUAAUAUUAUUAAUAAUAAAGAAGAGAACUAUACUAAUAUCCUAAUAGAACAUGUCAAUUUAUUACAAGUUGGAUUCUGGCGACCCAUAGAUGGUAUAAAAUUUGAUGAUGUUUUAUUCCCACACAUUCAGCAUGGCUUUCGGGGUAAAGAAUUGCCUAUUUUAACGUAUCAUAAUCCUCCAUGGACGAUACUGCAAGCGAAUGCUUCUGGUGCUAUAAUCAGCUAUGGAGGGUUGUUGUUUGAUAUCGUUGGUCAAUUAGCUAAAAGUAAAAAUUUCACGAUACGUAUCGUUCUUCCGGGUCAUAUAAAAGAGGAUUCAUCCAACGAUACCUCUACUGACAUGAUGCACAGUACGAGUGCCAAGUUGACUCUAUCAGCUGUAUCAAAAGGAAAAGUAGCCAUUGCAGCUGCCGCUUUUACCAUUCUAUCUGAUCCACCACGAGGUAUAAAUUACACGAUUCCCGUGAGCAUACAGCCGUACGCAUUCAUAAUUGCGCGACCUCGGGAGCUCAGCAGAGCUAUAUUGUUUCUUCUACCAUUUACAACUGAUACAUGGCUCUGCUUAGGGUUUGCUGUCAUUUUAAUGGGACCUACUUUGUUCAUAAUACAUAGACUUAGUCCAUAUUAUGAUGCGAUGGAAAUAACUCGCGAAGGAGGCCUAGCAACUAUACACAAUUGUCUUUGGUAUGUUUAUGGAGCUUUAUUACAACAAGGAGGAAUGUACCUUCCAAGGGCUGAUAGUGGUAGGCUAGUCGUUGGUACAUGGUGGAUUGUUGUGCUGGUGGUGGUGACUACCUACUCAGGCAAUCUCGUUGCUUUUUUAACUUUUCCUAAAUUGGAAAUUCCAGUCACGACGAUAAACGAACUUUUACAAAGUAAUUUGUAUACGUGGUCGAUUAAUAAGGGAUCUUAUUUGGAAAUGCAAUUGAAAAACUCCGAUGAGCCCAAGUACGUGUCUCUUUUGAAGGGUGCUGAGCUGUCUACUCCCAGCGGGACUGAUGCGAACUUUAUGACUGGUUCUUCGCUAAACCGUGUACGUAGGGAACGUCACGUUAUGAUAGAUUGGAGGCUGAGAUUAAAUUAUUUGAUGAGAGCCGAUACAUUAGCUACCGACUCUUGUGAUUUUGUGCUCAGUGCCGAGGAGUUUGUAGAAGAACGAGUAGCAAUGAUAGUUCCAGCAGACAGUCCAUACUUGCCAGUAAUAAAUAAAGAAAUUAAUCGUAUGCAAAAAGCGGGGCUCAUCAAUAAAUGGUUGAGUGCUUACCUGCCUAAACGCGACCGGUGUUGGCAGACCUCUGGCGCGACUCGGGAAGUCAAUAACCACACUGUCAACCUUAGUGAUAUGCAGGGAUCGUUCUUUGUACUAUUUCUUGGUGUUUUCUCUGCUACAACUGUUCUCCUUUCCGAAUGGUUCUACAAUAGACGAAAGAAGAAAAACGAGCGAGUGGUCAUCAAGCCUUAUGUAGAAUGAAUUUAUUAUGAACAAAAUUGAAUCAUGUUAUAAUAUAGACCUUUUAACAUAACAUGUACAUAUAUGUAUUAUGAUUUGUUUACGAAAUAUACCUACUCAUAGUAUGGUAACGUUUAAUUUUGUACCUAUUUUCGUUGGUUGGUUGCGCAAUAAAAGAUA